AUGGAACCCCAGGAGAGUGCCAUCCAGUACAGCCAAUGGAACAACAGCCAGGAUGAGGUCAGCAUGAAUGUGUUGACCCCAGAGAGCUCGGGCUGUGAGCGGGUCUACAAGAAACUAUGCACCAGGAAGCUGGGCAUCGCUAUGAAGGUGGUAGGCGGAAUUGUUCUGUUCUGGGUCAUCUUCGUCAUCGGCUACAUCACUGGGUACUACAUCCACAAGUGCAAGUAGCACUUGUAUGAGCCUGCUGGACACCUUUUCCAAGGAGCCCUCCAC